CUGUGUCUUAAUGAUUACGCUGCUUAGUAAUAAUAUCACUGACGUCCGUAAUACUUUGUAAUUAUUCUCGCUUCCGCAUAUGCAAAAGAAAACGGAACUGAUACUGCAUACAAUGGCGACGACACUCUGCUCCGAAGUAGACAUUAUUCGGCGUUCGGUAUGGGGCGCUCGACCUGCUCGGGAAUGGGAGAUGGUCAAACUGCCGCUACCCGCCACCUGCAUGGUGUUUACUCAUUCCUAUGGUGCUUCCUGUUUCGAUGCCCGCAACUGUUCCCUCAUCACGCAGGCCAUGCAGAUCUAUAAUAUGGACACAAACGAACAUCCUGACAUCCCUUACAAUUUCUUGAUUGGUUACGAUGGAUCGGUUCUCGAGGGAAGAGGUUGGACCUUCAGACCACUCGUAAAUCGCAUGUACAACGAAUACUGCUUCGGCGUAGCGCUUAUCGGAAAGUAUCCGCCAUCCGGAGAUGACUUUACCAAAAUGUCAUAUAAGACAGCCGCCUCAGCCAACGCUCUGAUACAGUGCGCGCGCUCGCAAGGCUGGUUGGAUCCGGUCAAUCAUUCCGUAAUGACCUUUCAGAUUAACCCCAUUAUACGCAACUAUAUAGUCAGUCCCCAUCUGCUUUUACCACCACCCGUUUUGCCCCCACCGCCACAAGAACCACAAGCGUUUCGCGACGGGUUCAUCGCUGGAUCGAUUAUCGCGCUGCUUAUUGGCUUGAUCCUACUUGCUGUUGCGUAUUGGCGGGGAAAACAACAACGCAACAGAUACAAGCACUUUUGCCGCGCUAUCGACUAUCGUAACGAACUGCAGAAAAGUGUCCCAGCAGAAACAGUGGAGCGCUUCUUGAUACCACGGCGCUCAAUCGACAUAAAGGAUGAGCAUUUGGGAAGCGGUCGCGAUGGUCAUGUUCUCUUGGGUUCGAUGCAGUGCAAAGACCUACGGCGUGGCAGUUGGUCAUCCACUGAGACAUCGCGUUCGUGCUCUGUGGCGGUAAAAAUGCUACGGGAUCUCCCUAGAAACCAGUCAGCAACCAGCGCGUUCCUGUCCGAAAUGAGCAUUCUUAUGAAAGUCGGACGACAUAACAAUAUUGUCAAUUUAGAGGGCGUGGUUCUGCAAGGGAAACUAAUGAUGGUUAUGGAGCAUUGCGAACUACGAUCCUUAGAGUCCUAUUUGCACAGUCUGCGAACCUCGAAUCAACAUGGACAAUCCGAACCAUUUAACCAGGAUACCACAUCGGUUGAAGUAUCGAAGGAACUGGUCAGUUUCGUCUACCAGAUCAGCCGGGGCAUGGAGUUCCUCGCCAGCAAAAGCAUCAUCCAUCGGGAUUUGGCCGCACGCAAUGUGCUUUUGGAUGCGCAGAAAGUGGCUAAGAUCGCCGAUUUCGGGAUGGCCAAGGAGCUGCCUGUAUACACGCUGGAGCGCGACAAAGUUCCCUUGCCCGUCCGCUGGUUAGCUCCUGAAUGCCUGCAGCCUAAUCGUGCGGUCUUUUCCACCGCAAGCGACGUAUGGUCUUUCGGCGUGGUCGUCUGGGAAAUCUACACGUUCGGUUCGGAGCCGUACGCGGAGGUUUUUCCAAACGGCAUCCUGUAUGAUCAGCUAUGUGCUUUCCUUCGAGAUGACUCCCGACUGCACCUUCCGGCAACAUGCCCCACCGAUAUCCGUCAAAUAACUCGUGAAUGCUGGGAAUAUUAGGACUGGCUCAAUCCGUACCAGACCUGGGCAGUUAAUUUUAACUAUUUAACUUAACGCGAGUUUUUUUCGAGUUAACGAGUUAUAACUUAACUUUGAAGCUUAACUCGCCAGGACGAAAACUUAACUCUAGCGCAACUCAAAAAAAAUAUAGCGCAACUCGAGUUUAACGUAACUCUGCGGGUUUCAGUUGAAAGCAAAAAUGAAAUAAAAAUAUAGAAAAUAUCAGAAAAAAAGGCAUUUUAACCGUGGAUCGGAUAAAAUGCCAUAAUUACAAAAGUAUGUGUGUACCCGAAAUUUCUCGAGCCGACGUACACUAUGACCGCCCAGGGCUUUGUCUAGAUGAUUAUGCUCAGGGGAGUCCAUGCUGACAGUGAGUGUGGUCGUGCAAUUUGAGCUAAAUUAACAGCGUGCAGAGAACGUAAUUUUUUGCGGAGCAAAAUUUUGCCAACGCGAGGACAAAUCAUGUUCCGCACCAAAAUCACACGCGAAUUGAUCGUCUGUGCGUCUUCGCUACCUGCCCAUUAGGGAAGCGUAAUAACGCGGUCAACACUGUCAAACAGCUACACUAACUUCGGUAGCCUUGUGAAGCUAAAUCAUAUUAAAAAAGUUCAGCGUUGCCGGCGCUCGGCCGUAAAAAGCCAGGGUCAAAUAGAGGGAGGAAUUUUGAGAAGGAGGAAUUUUUGUGUGGUUAAAAAGAGGCAGAAAUUUUGUCAGAUAAGGACUUUUCUUAUGUUUGAUUUUUUCUUGAGGGAGAGAGAUAACAAUAAGAAGAAAAAACAAAAAAACACAAGAAUGUUUUCUUGUGUUUCUUUCUUUUGUUUCAUUCUUAUUUUUUCUUAUGUUUCAUUUAUAUUUUCUUAUGUUUCAUUCUUUUGUUUCUUUCUUAUUCUUUCUUAUGUUUCAUUUAUAUUUUAUCUUCCUCCCUCAAGAAUAAUGCGUCUCUCGGUCUCUCCCUCAGGAAAAACAUGAAAAAGAAACCUAAGAAAAAGCAUGAAUUUCAAAAUCAGUUUUAAGAAAAAAAAAUUAAUAAUGGUCUGUGUCUCAAAUCUGGUGAAAGUGAUAUCGGCAUGCAUAAAAGACUACUUGAAGUUGAUUAAUAAAAUCAUGAUUUUUUUUAUUAGAAGUUAACUCCAGUUAACUCUAGUUAUUGCGGCUAACUUAAUUCGUAGCGUAACUCGCGAGCUGCGAAUAACUCUUAACUCUAACUAUGAGUCGAAAUCUCAUAACUGCCCAGGUCUGAUCCGUACCAAGAUAAUGCGUUGCGCGACAAUAUCGGCGCAACACAGCUUAUAAGCCGCAACACGCAGCAACGGGCCGCAACAGUGCUGCCGUGCUUGGCUGGGCUAUGCCAGCGCAACGUCGCAACAGGCGCAA